CAACCAUUUGCCACCCUUUUUUUCAUAUCAACUUCAAAUCUUUAUUUCUUUCACUACUUAAGAAAUAGCUUAAUUUUUGAAGACAUGGCAUCGAGCUCAAUGUCGUCUCACGGGUCAUGGACCGCGCAGCAAAACAAAGCGUUCGAAAGGGCGUUGGCUGUGUAUGACAAAGAUACACCUGAUCGUUGGGCGAAUGUUGCGAAAGCCGUUGCUGGUAAAACUUCCGAAGAAGUGAAACGACACUAUGAUCUUCUUGUUGAAGAUAUUAAGUAUAUUGAAUCCGGUCAAGUUCCUUUUCCUAAUUAUAGAACUACCGGUACCAGAAUCAAUGAUCAAGAAAACAGGAUGAGGAACCUGAAGCUGAACUGAGCUGCAAGAAAUUUCAAACAUCAAAUUGAGAAGAACUAUUACGAUCUUCUCGUAUUUCUACUUAUUAGAAAAAGAAAAACAAUGGAUAAUUGUAUUAAUAAACAUUAUCCUUCUUUUCCUUCUAUUCAUUCUCUAAUUUCUUUUUUCUAUUUAAGCAUAAUCAAAGUAUGUAAACAUGGGAGGUUUUAUAAUCUUUGUGAUUCUUUGCUUUCUCAUGUAAUUUCAUUGUUCUCAAUAUAUUUUAUGUAAAAUUAGUUGCCCAAUAAAUAUAUAAUUUCAUUCCAAUAGAGUAA